AUGAAUGCCAAGAAUGCAAAUACACCUCCACCAAUCCUAGAUCAGGAAGUCUCCAAUGUUGAGUUCAGGAACGCCAUUCAGUUGUUGGCUAAGAGUGUGGCCAACAAGAACAAUCAGCAGGUUCAAGAUCAUGUGAUUUCAAACGGUGGAUCAACACCAACUAAGAUUUGUGACUUUGUUAAGCUGAAUUCGUCAGUUCUUAGAAUCGCAGAUUGGGAUCUUCAAAAUUUCUUAGAUGGGAUCAAGAAGAUCUUUGAGGUGAUGCAGGUCACAAAGAAUGAUCGAGUUGAGUUGGCAUCAUACCAGCUGAAAUAUGUUGCUCAUAUCUUAUACGCAUGGAAGGAAAAUAGGGCCCCUCCGUCAGCUAGUGUUUCAUCCUCUAAGAACAAGUAUGAUCAGAAGGUUAGGGCACCAGUCUCUAAGUCUCAGGGAAGUGCUUCAGGCACUAAGACUUACCCCACUUACCCUAAGUAUUAUAAGAACCAUCCAGGUGAGUGCCUCGCAAGAAAGGAAGGAUGUUUUGGAUGCAGUCAGUCUGGUCAUAGGUUGAGGGAUUGUCCUUCUAGACAGGGUCAAGGAGGUAGUUAUGGUAGAGCUCAUUCUACAACUUCAGCAACACCAUUAAGUUGCCUGACUCGGCAGGUUAAAUCAUUUUGUAAAGGUGGCGGUUAA